AUCCUGUUUUGCCUAAUUCUUCCCCUAUUGCACCUUCCCCGAUUGCUUCUAAUUUUCCUCCUGCUGCUGGACAUGUACCUCCUCCCAGGAAAUCUUCGAGGAUUUCACAACCUCCUGGUUACCUUCAAGACUAUGGUGACACUCAAGUUGAAGGUAUUGAUUUUCAUGAAACAUUUUCCCCUGUGGUCAAAAUGACCACUAUGAAGACUCUUAUGGCUGUUGCUGUUAAACAUCGUUGGUCUCUUUUCCAACUUGAUGUUAACAAUGCUUUUCUACAUGGGGAUUUGGAUGAAGAAUUCGAUAUGAAGUUUCCCCCUGGUCUUACUGUUUCAGCUUCUUCUUCUGUCCCUAUGGGGUCUGCUGAUUCUCUGGUUAUCUUGGUUGUUUACGUUGAUGAUAUUAUUUUGACUGGUACUGACUUUGAGGAGAUCUCUGCUCUUAAGUUGUUUCUCUAUGAUCAGUUCAAAAUCAAGGAUCUGGGUUUAUUACAUUACUUCUUGGGAAUUGAGGUUUCCUACUCUGCUGCUGGUGUGAUUUUGCAUCAAAGUAAGUUUGUUACUGAUUUGUUAUCUAAUUAUGCUUGUGGUGUUACUUCUCUUGUGGUUUGUCCUUUGGAACUUCGCAAGAAGUUGUAUGCUGAUAUAGGGGAUCCCUUGGCUCAGCCUAAGUCUUAUCGCUGUCUAGUGGGAAAAUUGAAUUUUUUGACCCACACUCGCCUAGAUCUCUCUUUUGUUGUUCAGCAUUUAAGCCAGUACUUGCAGCAUCCUUGUGUGCCUCAUAUGCAUGCUGCUUUACAUCUUUUGCGUUACCUCAAAGGUUCUCCUGGUUUUGGUUUAUUUUUCAGUGACUCUCUUGAUCUAACUCUUAGAGUUUUUUGUGAUAGUGAUUGGGCGUCAUGCCCUGACAGUCGCCGUUCUAUUACUGGUUUUUAUGUCUUACUUGGUGAUAGUUUGAUCAGCUGGAAGUCCAAAAAGUAG